UUUGCUUUUCUCUUAUUUUUAGCUACCCCAUGAGCCGGCAUGUACUACUCCACAUCACAUCCAACCCUAGCUAAGCAAAAAAACCAUAUAUACCAUCUAGCUAUAGCUUGUUCCUCCUCCUCCACUAACCUCAAUUCAAUUGACAAGCAAGUUCCCUCGCCUCUUCGCCACACAGAUCUCACAAGCUGCAGCGAUCGAUCCAUGUCGGGGCCAUCGUGUGGAGUGUGCGGCAUGGACGCGACCGCCUGCUGCCCGCACCACUUGCACGCCGGCUCUUUCUUCCCUAUUCAUGAUCAGCCACCGAGGGGCCUGCACGAGUUCCAGUUCUUCGGCCAGGACGACCAAGAAAGCGUCGCCUGGCUCUUCGACGACCCGCCGCCAGGUGGUGGUGACGACCGGUCCCCGGUUGAGAACCACCGUCACCAGAGACCGUUGACGUUUGACCCGUUUGGGCUGCGACACCACCCUGGGAACGGGCUCGCCUUCGAGGUGUCGCUCGGACGGGGAGAGGUAGACGCCGGACUUGGCCUCAGCGGCGGCGCCCGGCACAUGGAGACAGCGGCAAGCGCCACCAUCAUGUCAUCAUACUGCGGGAGCACAUUCACGGAUGCUGCAAGCUCAAGGUCCAAGGAGCCAAUCCUGAUCGACAGUCAGCUGCAAAGGCCAGUAGAUCCAACGGUGGAGAGGGAGGCAAAGGUGAUGAGGUACAAGGAGAAGAGGAAGCGGCGGCGCUACGAGAAGCAGAUCCGGUAUGCGUCCAGGAAAGCCUACGCGGAGAUGAGGCCCCGGGUGAAGGGCCGCUUUGCCAAGGUACCCGAAUGUACAGUGCCGCAGCAGCCGGCGUCGGCAACCAACUACUAUGAUCCUAGUAGGCUUCAUCUCGGGAGCUGGUCAUAUUCAUAA